AUUUAUUUGUUAUGAUUAUUGAUUCUCCGAAACCUUCUUGCAAGCAUCCGAAGAGCAGCACUGAGAAGUCGUGAACGGGUUGCUCCCUGCGCUAUUAAAAGCCAAUCUUUGCUUCCCCUUUCCACUCCCAUCCCUUUCUUCCUCUCUUCUUCUCUUUAGAGAACAGAGAGGGCAAAGAAAGGAGGCUCUUUUCCUCUUUUUAUUUGAACUAACCCACAGGGGAGUAAGCAGAGAGAUGUUGAGCUCUUUGUUUCCUUCAGCUUUCUUCUUCCUCUGCUUCUUUGCCUGCUCUCCCCUGUCCUUGUUCUUGUCCGAUGCGUCUGCUGGUGUUACGCAUAGCCUUCCGACUCUGUCGUUCGAACAGGGGUACACCCAACUCUUCGGCGAUGGCAAUCUGAUGUUGCUCCGCGACGGGAAGCGGGUUCACAUCUCCCUCGACGAGCGAACAGGUGCUGGAUUCGCGUCCCAGGACCUAUAUCUCCAUGGCUUCUUCAGCGCCUCCAUCAAGCUUCCUUCCGAUUACGCCGCCGGCGUCGUUGUCGCCUUCUAUAUGUCGAAUGGGGAUGUAUAUGCGAAGACCCAUGAUGAAUUGGACUUUGAGUUCUUGGGAAACAUAAGAGGGAGGGAGUGGAGAGUUCAGACCAAUGUCUAUGGAAAUGGUAGCACAGCUGUCGGAAGGGAAGAGAGAUAUGAUCUCUGGUUCGACCCAACUGAGGAUUUCCAUCAGUACUCCAUCAUAUGGAACCACGAAAGGAUCAUAUUCUCCAUUGAUAACAUUCCAAUCAGGGAAAUAGUGAGGACUGGGGCCAUUGGUGGGUGCUUCCCAUCCAAGCCAAUGACCCUCUAUGCCACCAUUUGGGAUGGUUCUACCUGGGCUACUUCGGGCGGCCGCUACAAAGUCAAUUAUAAGUAUGCACCGUAUGUUGCUGAAUUCGAAGAUCUUAUCAUCGGUGGUUGUGCAGUGAACCCCAUGGAUCAUUCUUCAGAUUGUGAGAAGCCUGACACUGCCAUCUCCGAUUCAUUGACAAUGUCACUGGAGCAACAAGCUCUUAUGGAUCGAUUUCGUAGGAGACAUAUGACCUAUUAUUAUUGCUAUGACCGUGACCGGUACCCGAUCCCUCCACCCGAGUGCAAUGCCGAUCAGAUCGAAGCAAGAUUAUUCUACGGACGGGACGGUGUGAAACUUGGAGACCACAGGGGUCGCCGCAGGAGAGGCCAAAACAAGCACAGCAGAGUGACCCAAGCUGAUGCUGCAUUUUAAGUCUAAUUACUUCUCGUUGGAGUAGACCGAAUUCGCGCUGUAUAGUGCGAGGAUCAAUUGAGGUUUGUUUAUCAUGUAGAGAUGUUUAGAUCAGUUAUAUCCAUUGGUAUUUCGAUGCUAGGUUUCAGUUGUUGCUGGCCAAUACUGUUUUGAUGCCACUGUCUUCAUUUUAUAUGUAUAUUAUCAUACUUGAUUGCUAA